AUGGCCCUCGAUCUGGAUGUGCAUGAACUAUUGUUUGUGGGAGAUUCCAACUUGCUUACCCGGAAAGCCCUAGGCGAAUGGGAGACUCGAGACACCAAGCUUAUUCCAUACAGACAAUGUGUGCAAGACUUGAACAAAAGAUUCAAAUCCAUCGAGUUCAGGUACAUUCCCAGGUUUCACAACGAGCUAGCCGAUGCCUUGGCUACCUUAGCUUCGAUUCUUCCUUAUCCAGGCAACACACAUAUUGAUCGAUUAGAAAUUCAAGUGCGAAAUCAACAUGGUUACUACAAUACAAUUCAGGAAGAACUAGAUGGUCAACCAUGGUAUCAUGACAUAAAACAAUUCCUGAAAACAAGGGAAUACCCAGAGCAUGCUAAGGGAGAUCAAAAAGGAACUAUAAGGCGGCUCGCCGGUGGUUUCUUCCUGGAUAGGGAAAUCCUAUAG